AUGACUGAGAUGUCGCUAAGCACCGAGGCGGAUGCAGCCGCCGCCGCCGCCGCCGCCCCCGACUCCGCGCCCACGUCCGCGCCCGCGCCCGCAUCCCACGCUCCCACCAGUAGCGAUAACCAGGUCAAGUUCGAAGAACCGACGCUUGAUGCCCUCGCCGCCAUCGGGCCCUGCCUCGAUUUCGACACGGUGAAAGCAUGUGCAGACCAUUACACUCCCAAACGAAGGAGGGAUUCGGAAGAAACGUCGAACGUCGGUGACGAGAAACGAGUGAAAACCGAGCACAAUCCUCCAUCCAUACAGGAUAUUCCCACAGCUGCUACUGCUUCACCCCAAUCGGCCCCUCCUCCUACUGUUGCGCCAACUUGUGCAACACCACAACCCACGAUGCUACCAGAAACUCCGCAGGAUCCUGCAGCCACAGGUCUCGAUUCGAAAGAGACGGCGGCUCCUCAGCCAGAAACUCCACAAACUUCUGCUGCUACUGAGCUUCCUGUGCCGCAACAGCAGAUUGCGCAACCGACCCCCCAGGCGCAACCUGGCCCUCCGCAACAAUAUCCUGUUCAGCAAAUACAACAAAUAGCACAGGUUCCUCAGUCCACGCCAUCUCACGUUCCUGCAGCACCUCAAUACAGUGCCCAACCUUUGGUCACCCAGUCCAGCGGCCAGCCAUUGCCAGCUCAACAACACACCGUUGCCGAGCCUGCCCACGCACCUGCCCAUGUACCUGCAGCCCCUUUGCCUAGUGCUCAGCCGUUAGCAGCACAGCAAAAUAGCGUUCCUGAAUCUGCUCAUGUAUCCGCGGCCCAAUUGCCCAGUGCUCAGCCACCAGUAGCCCAGCAACAGGUCGCUGCUGAGCCUGCCGCUCCUAGCUGGGACCUCGCAGCCCUCCUUGAAUCUGCGCUGGGUGACAUUGAUGAGCAAGCGUUCAAGAGUUUGCAACAGCCAGAGCCAAAUGUUCUCGCUGCGAGAGCCCCUGAGCCUGCACCUCCGGUGCCGGCGCUGCCAGUUCCGCAGCAGUUACCUCGACCUGUCGCGCCUCUCGUCAGGCCGAAGCAGAAGAGGAUGAAGUUUCAUGAGAAUCCGAUUUACAUCGUACGAUCCAUGGGUCUACAUUUUCUAGGCUCUCUAGCGGUUCAAGUACUAUUAGCUCUCUCUGAGCGGCCCAGAGUGGAGACUGUGAAUGCGAUUCGCAGUUCCGAUUCUGAGACUGGAAAAGCGUACAAGUCACUGAGCGCCGCUUUCAAGGCUGCUCGCAGUAUGUUCUCAGAAACUUCUUCGAUCCUGCAAGCAGAUGAGCUUAAGAUUGAGGAACCUGGCGACUUUGAAACCAUACAGAUGGCCAACUUGGCGACAAUUUGUUCCACAAUAUUCGAGUCUGACAAUGCGUCACUGCUAGAAGCUCACAAUGGGUUCUUACGGACGUUCCUCCCCGAGCUGAGCCCACUCACAGACAACUUGACCAACCUGUUCCUUAGCUUGAAGACUCAGGCUUUUCUCCGCUCGUGUCCGGAAACUGCAGACGAUGCCCGAAUGCGAGAGCUUCUCGAGAUUUACUUUCCGGCCGACGCGGAGGCUCCUUUGAAACAGUUACACCCGGAUAGCCCACUCACUCAGACGGAAAAGGUCUUCAUGGGCAUGUCAACAAAACGUGGGGAGCGCCUAGGGAAUGAAGUGCGGGAUACGAUGAAAAGGAAGCUACUGGCCAUCGAAUACCCCUGGGACGGGCUGCUGGACGAUCUCAACAAAUACCUCCGAGAUAAUCUUGACAACGUGCUCACUUAUGCCGAGAGCCAGGGUAUCGAGAUUCCUGCUGACGAAGAGUCAAUUCCAGAGCCACAAAUUGACAUAGCCUCUGGGAUCGACCUAUCUGCACUCCAUGCGGCUGUACACGGAACCGACCAUGCCAAGAACGGGAUAUCUGAGGCAGACAAAGCCGUGAUGACGUCGGAUAGCCUGGGACUAGGCAAGCUCAUCCAGGCCACCAUGGACAAGGACAAGGCGGUAGAAACAGAAUCCCUAGGGUUAGCAUCGCUCAUCAAUGAGCGGAUGGGAGCACAUGCCGCCAGCCAAACGUAUCAGCACCCACAGGCUGGUCUCACGUACAAUGGGCUAGGCAACAUGCACAACACAUAUCUAUCGCAGCCACAAUACCACAAUGGACCGUACCAGCAACAGUACACUCAAGCACCAGCACCAGGCGGCUCGGCUGAUUUGCCCCCCAACCAGAGCUCGCCCUCGACAGUGCUGUAUGAGCGGGCUCGCCAAGCAGCUGUUGCCAAGUCGACAGUAAGCAAUACUCGUCGUGAUGGCCUCAGCAGUACCCGUCGGCCUUGGAGCCCCGAAGAAGAGAGGGCACUGAUGACAGGACUUGAUCUGGUCAAGGGACCGCACUGGAGUCAAAUCCUCUCUCUCUUCGGCCCGAACGGAACGAUCAGCGAUGUCCUCAAAGACAGAUCGCAAGUGCAACUUAAAGAUAAGGCCAGAAACCUGAAAUUGUUUUUCCUUAAGACAAAUUCGGAAAUGCCCUACUAUUUGCAGAGUGUUACCGGCGAGCUCAAGACAAGGGCCCCAAACCUUUCGGCUCGGAAAGCUCGUGAAAUGGAGCAGGCAGGAGUAAAUGCGGCUACAGAGGAGCAGGCUCGGGCUCAGGGCAUGGCAGGACUCACGCACGACAGCAAGACAGCAAGUCCCGCACCGCCACCAUGUUCGCCAUUGACACCAGGAGGCUCAGUUAAUGGCGGCAGGACAGGCAGCCCGUCCACUCCUUUGCAAACGCACGCCAAAAUUCCGAUCCCGCCCGCAACCUCAGGCGCCGCAGGCCCUUCGAUGGUUGCACACGCCCCGCAAGUUUCGAACGGCAUACUUGGUCCUCGGCCCGGAGUGGCUUCCACUAUUGGUCAGAUGUCUCCGCACGUGAUUGCUGCUCAAGCAAGGACAGCUGCUGCCACGGGGUCAGUACAACCUCAAGCGCAAUACUCACAUGUUCAGACUCAAGGAUACCAGUCACAACCGCAGCAAGGAGCCCAGGCACAGCAACAGCUGCCACCUAGAGCACAGAACCAGGCACAGCUGCAACAACAGCACCAACGUCACUUACCGGCGCAAAUUCCAGCAGCACAGCAGCGCAACAUACCUCCCAAUGCUCAAACUGGGUCACAGCAACCACUGGCACAUGGUCCUCACCAAGCCCAGCAGUUACCAGGACAGACGCCGCAUCACUAUUCACAGGCCCAGAAUGCUGCACAAAAGAAUAUGCCACGCCCUUCGACCACACAAGGCCAAACAUCGGCUGCUGCGGGUCAACAAAACAUGGCCUCGUCUACGUCACGGCCUAUGCAGCAAGGACAGGCAGUGCCUCAGAAUUAUCCACAGAAACCGCUGCAUCCGGCCCCGCAGUCCAUGCUUCAGCAACCAACCCAGCAAGGUCAACGCCCCCAGACUACGCAAGGAACCGUGCCAGGCCAGCAGCAGCCGCAGCAGCAAGCUCAACAACAGCAAUCACACACAGUCACACGGCCGCAGCAGCAGCAGCAGCAGCAGCAGGCUCAGAAAACAUGGCAGGUUCAGGGACAGCCGCAGUCAGCGCCUUCGAACCAGGGGCAGCAAGUACCACGACCGCCAAUCAAUGGGCUUCAGCCGCAGACAGCGAUUCCGGCAUAUCUUCAAGGUAGCCCAAGGCCAGUUCAGCAAUCGCCAUUAACCCUGCCUCAAGCACAGAAAGCCACCCCGCCUCCCAACCCUACCCAAGCAGCACCAUCUCAACAGACAGUACCUGUUGCCAAUCCUGAGCCAGCUCCCGCGCCCGCUGCUACUUCUGCAGAAGUCACAGCCUCCGACAAGACGUCAAGUCUAGAUGAAGACUUCAUGCAGAAGAUGGCAGCUGCUCUUGCCAAAGCAACCGGGUAG